AUGUCAGGCGCCAGUGGGCACGCGCCAACAGACACCCUGGGUCCUCUCAUCAUCGGGUACACUGUGAAUGCCAUGUCGUAUUCUUAUGGUGCUUUGCUCUUCGAUUCGACGUUUCAACAAUUGUUGCAUUCCCCAGAAUCUGACAUGCUCUUGGAUACGUUGCAAAUGGCCUUGACCAGUCAUUGCGUGUAUUUCUACGUUAUUAUUCACUUCGGAGAGGCCGAUGCCAUCUUCUCAAAGCAAGUCGUAUGGAGCCUCGAGGCAUUCCUCAUUGUGACGGCCUUCGGAGAUUACCUUGUCCGGUGUUUUUAUUGUGAAAGGCUUUGGAGACUAACCGGGGCUCAAAUUACCAGUCAGCACCAGCAAUGUAUCCUUAGCAAUAGGUGUAAAUAUUAUGUCUCUGUUCUCUUUCGUAUUCGUAGUCACACACCGCAAUUUCGGCACAACAUCGGAGAAAAUGGAGUGGGUUACAUACCUGAAUACCACCGCGAUCCUUGUCUCCGACACAAGCAUUGCGGUGGCUCUGGUGAUAUGUUUAAGGAGGGCCGAUAG